UUGAGAGCUGUCACUCAACCAGGUUCUUAUGCCUUGAAUUUGAGCUGCAAAAUAAUAAUUUUUAAGGUUAGGGUGAGCAAGCUCCCUGAUCUCAAUUGAAGUACCUCUUGGCUUUUUACCAUUUCGUAUAAAUCGAUUUAGCAUUCUAUCCCAUUUUUCAAACAGUCAUAUUAAUAUAUAAAGGUAAUGCUGGAAACAAAAACAAUGCACUCUUUCUUGGGUGUUGCAAAAGAGUGCAUGGUGCUAUUGUGAUAGAAGUGGCAACAGUAUUUUCUGUUGCUAUGGGGUAAUUUCCCCCUCCUUUCAAGUUGCCUGAGAGACACAGGAAAACAAUUCUGUGCAGUGAACAGUCUGGCUAGGGCAGCAGCAAGAUGUAGAGCAGAGAACACCACGACUGUUUUGUGUCUUGUUGUGAUACAGGUAAAACUUACUUCUUUACAAUCUCUGUAAAUACUAGAAAGUCCUGUUGGAAAAGGCAGCCAGCUCUCCAGCAACUGUGAGAAGUGGGCAUUCGGGAUGGAGCGUGUGGUGGUGCUGGGGGCCGAGGAGGAGCCUGGGUGUGGCGUGGCCCUCGCGCUGCUUCAGGAUGGCGGUUUCCACGUGUGCGUAGCUGUAUCAGACCCUGGCUCCCCGCAAGCACAGAAGCUGGGGUGCGCUGGAGCACAAGUCCUGCCUUUCCACUUAAACAGCACAACAGGCCUUCAGGGGGCGCUUUCCGGGGCUCAAAAGUGCUUUUUCGCGACCAAAACCGAUUUCACCAAGGUGGACCCACUCCAGAGUGAGAUCUCACAGGGAUAUUUGAUAGCAGAUGCUUGUAAGCAGCAUGGCAUCAGUCAUGUGGUGUUUGAGGGGGGUCAGCACGUGCAGAGACGUUUUGGGUUCCCCAUGCGGUCGAUGGAUGCCAAGGCUUGCAUUGGAGACUACAUGGCUGAAAUCGGCCUGCGAAAAACCCAGGUUCUCAUACCCUUCCUGUAUGAGAGCUUCCUCACAACAUUCUCUCCCAAACCUGCUGGACCAAACCUUUAUAAAAUUGACAUCCCAAUGGGAGAAACACCCAUGGACAGCAUCAGCCUCAGUGAUGUAGGCCCCGUGGUCACGGCUAUACUGAAGAACUCGCACAGGUGGGCGGGCAAAAGCUGCCUCCUGUCUGCGGACCGACUGCCAGUCCAGGAGUACGCAGAGACGCUCACUAAGCACCUGGCCCCCAGGGUCUUUCAGGACUCCAGGAUUUCACAGAAAAUGUUUGUGGAGAGCUACAAGGGAGAAGCUGGGCAGGAUAUUGGCAACAUGUUUGAAUUCUGGAGAAAAGACCCUCAGAGGAGAAACGCUGCAGAAAUGUUUGAGCUACUUUCAGGCACAAAAAAAUUCUCCCAAUGGGUCUCGGCAAACAGGAAUUCCAUCAUCAAUGCUCUGGAAAAGUGACAGACAGUCCUGCUGUUUUAAUGAGAUCAAAAUUAAUUUCUUUCUUUCUAGCAAGUAAAUGGAAUGUUCACGCCAUUUUGAGACUUGUUACCAUAAUAUGAGAAGAAAUGUCCAAUAAUAUUGUUACUGUAUUACUCCAUGAGAAUUAGCAUCUGCUCGUGAGCUGCUGAAAGUGGUACAGAGAUGUUCUAUCUACAUACUAUCUACAAACUAGCCUAUUACUACAAACUACUGAUCCAAAAUCUGUUCUGGGCAAAUGUUGUGUUUGUGAAAUAUUAUGAAAUAAUAAUGUAGUGGUGUUUUAAAAAUCCCUAUUGAAAAUUUCUUGAUAUAAUUUUGAUGAUUAUAGUGGAUUACAUUCAUUAGUUCCCGUUCCUCAAUAAUUCUUGUUGAAAAAAUUACAAAAUGUUUUUACUACUGGGACAUGGUCAACAAUGAGUUUUAUGGUAACCAGUCUUUGAUGCAGUAAGUGAAGCCUGGGUUAAAAUACACCAUUACCGAAGCACAUUAUGAAAUUAAGUUAAAUGUGUUCAUAUAUACUGCUUGAUCCUUUGUGCUGUCAUUCAUUAGUCUGCUUCCAACUCUCACUUAAUUUUCAGGUCUGAUGUAAUACAUAAAAGAAGUAUGGAUAUGUGUAGUGCAACUUGAAUACCACUUUACUUUUAGAGACAUUGCUGUCAGUGUUUUCAACACCCUUGCCUUAUGCUGUGGUGGCACAAACCUACAUUUAGUUAUUUAUUGAAAAAAUUUAAUUGAUUAUUUAUUUUAUGGUUAUUGAAAAUUAUAUUCAAAUAUUACUGGUUAUUGAAUGGCAUAUACAGUUUCUUUGGUAUAUAAAUUGUUGAAAUACUUUGUUCCCACACUUAGGAAGUGAAAAAAGAUACCACAAGGAGAUUUGAUUCCUUUUUUAAAGCAAAAGCUUUCAGAACACCCUUUAAUCUGCACAUCACACAUGGUCAGGUUCAUAGACAAGAGCCCAUUGGGUCUGUGACAGCAUACAGUACCUAGAAACAGUUACUCCUUUUUCCCCAACAAAAAUCAUCUUCAGUAUCAAAGCACUAUAUACAUAUGAUACAAGGCCCAUACCCAUUGCAUAGUUCUGCUGCUGUUGAUUGCUGUUCCCUUCACAAUGGAGCUGAAUGUAUUUAAUAUGUCAGCAUUAUUAUUAAUUCUCUUUGGUUUCUCCAUACUGUUCCAUUAUUGAAUCUAAAACUGCUGUGUUCUAGAACCAGGCUAUGCUCAAGGGCUCUAAAAGAAUGGGAGACAAACGAAGGCCAUAUUGGCAGAUCCUAACAGCUAAGCCAGAUGGCGCUAUGCCCAGCAUGCCUAGAAGCUUUUACCCUUGAAACUCUGAUCUCAAAUUCAAGGGAAUCAAACGCCUCUAUCCCUUGCCUAGCCUGCAUGUGGACUUCAAUGCUUCAAAUUAGCAUUAAACCUAGAAAAGCCUUGGCCUUCGCAAAUAAAACUCCAGACAAAACACCAGGCAGAAAACAUGGCACUUGGAAAGCUAAAAUAUAGGCUACUAUGUAUAAUAAAA